GUGGACGCCCCGUCCCUUGAGCGGUUCUUCAUCUGGCGGUGCAUGAAACAACGCCACGGCGCGAGGGUCAAGAUUGGCCACGCCCCACGGUUGAGCAUGCUGGGUUACUUGGAGCCAGGAGUGCACGUGUUGGAGAUCGGCAACACCGUCAUCAAGUCUGGAACGAUGCCGAGUCCAAAGACCACUGUUCCAAGCGUGCAGAUGUUGGCACUGCAUCUGCAUUUCAGAAUGCGCAAUGAGGUUAAAAUGCUUCCAGCCUUCCUCAGGUGUUUCCCCAAUGUUGAAACACUGUGUAUCCAGUCUGAAGAAACUCGUGAGCCCACUGGCGAGUUGAACCUCAAGUUUUGGCAGGAGACCAGUCCCAUCAAAUGUGUUCAAACACAACUCAAGAGGCUAGUGUUCCGUGAGUUCCAUGGGGAGGAAGGUGAGUUUGCCUUCCUUAUGUUCAUCGCGGAAAAUGCCCGGCUGUUGGAGGAGAUGCUUCUUGUGAUGGAACUUCGAAGGCCCUCAGCACCAGAAGAACUUUUUGCCAGAAUGAAGGCACUGGAGACUACAACGUGGGCAAGCGGGAGCAACAAAGUGGGCUACAUGCUUUCCCUACCUGGUGUAGGAGGAGGGAGCGCUUGGUCUCUCAAAGCGGGUUCUGACUUUAAGCACAAUGAUCCUUUUCUCUGCCUAUUUAAAAUGCAAAUGCAGUAAAUAAACAAUCAAGUUAGACACUACUGGUAAUUUGCCACUGUUAAGCAAAUUCUUCUCGAUGCAUAUCUGACUGGAGAUAUCGCAGCUAGUUAUGUAAUAACUUUAUUGCUGUUGCUGUAUAACGUGCCGUAUUUCCAUGUGGCAUCACCUUUUUCAUUGUGUUUGCUGAUUGUUUACACAAUCAUCAGAACUAUCCAUGUUUGGGCAUGCUUGUCUGUGACCUUGUUGGUUAAAAUGCCAGGCCCUGUGAGUGGCAUUCAUCCUUA